AUGGUUUUGGCCAAGAUAACAGACCACGGUCUUUUGAUGGACCAGACAAGCAGCGACAGCAGCAGAGCCGGAUUGUUUUGUUGCAGUCCAUCAGAGCUGGCCGACAAAGACGGUUUCGAAGAGCUCUCCAGCGGCACGCUCAUCCCGUUCAAGAACAUUGUCUGGGUAGAGGGAGCAUUGAAUGAGAGCGUGGAGAUCACGUAUAUCGAGCAGCAGGACUCGCAUCUCAAGAUUCGCACCGUUGUGGCUGACGUAACCGGCAGACAGCAGUCGAACGAGCCGGGGUCGAAGAGUGCUGUGUCGCAGCUGAUGGCUCUGGCAUACGCAACUUCUGAGCCCAAGAAGUCCGUCAUUGUGUUUGUUAAUCCGCACAGUGGCAAGGGCAAGGCUAUCCAUCUGUACGGGCACGAGGUGGAGCCUGUUCUGAACGCCGCGCGGUACCACGUCGACCUCGUCAAGACCGAAUAUUCAGGCCAUGCUACAGAAUACAUGAAACAUGUGGAUAUCGAUAAGUACGACGGAGUCAUUUGUGCUUCUGGUGACGGCAUCCCGCACGAAGUGCUCAACGGCAUAUACAGUCGCAAAGACCGCGUUCGGGCCUUUCAAAGGCUCUUUAUCGCGCAGACCCCGUGCGGGUCGGGCAACGCCAUGGCUCUCUCGUGUCUGGGCACUUUGAAGCCAGGACUGGCGACUCUGGAAAUCAUCAAGGGCCACACAGUGCGCAGCGAUCUGAUGCUCGUCUGCUCCAAAGGCAGCGGUCCACGGGUCUCGUUUUUGAGCCAGACGUACGGCGUCAUUGCCGAGGCAGACAUAGGCACCGAGUGGAUGCGGUUCAUGGGCGGGAUUCGCUUUGAUAUCGGCGUGGCGCUCAACAUUCUGCGAAGAAAACAGUUCCCUUGUCGCGUGGCAGUCAAACGCAUCACCAGCGACAAACAGGAGCUCUCGGAGCGGUACAAGUCUCAAUACCAGCAGCACGGCGUGACCAGAGUGUUGGACGAGGCGGCGCUCACGCCAAAGUAUUUUGACGGACAUCUGUUUGACGACGACCAGCUGCCAGCAGGCUGGGAAUGGCUGGACGACAGCGUCACACAAAACCUGUCCAUCUUCUACACGGGAAAGCUACCGUACAUCGCCAAAGAUGUGGACUUUUUCCCUGCUGCGCUGCCGAACGACGGGGCGAUCGACCUUGUGCUUUUCGACGGCCGCGCACAGGUGUGGAGGUCGGCGCACAGUCUGCUCCAGCUCGACAAGGGUCUGCACGUGUGGCACGACCACGUGGACCAUCUGAAGGUGGAGUCGCUGAAACUGGUGCCGAUGCUGGGAAAGGGCCGCACCAGCUACAUUUCCGUUGACGGAGAAAACUUCCCCGUGGAGACAAUCCAGGUGGAGGUGCUCCCGGGCGUGAUGAAGACCGUGAUGAACGACGGCCGCUACAAAGACAGCGGGUUCUUAGCACAAAUUCGUUAA